AACUGCCGCUUCCUCCACCCGGGCGUGUCUGACAAGGGCAACUACAACAUGUUCGCACCAGCUAAGCCACAGAACUCCAAUGACAAAGAAGAGGACAGUUCAGAGAGAGAGCGGCCACGAGAAAUCCGGAGAUUUAUUCCUGAACCUUCACCAUUUGAGUCAGCUUGGGAACGGGGACUGCGGCAUGCCAAAGAGAUGAUGAAGCGAGCCAACAAACGCAAGGAGACAGACGCAGACUUCGAGGAGAAACGCUUCAACCUGAGCUUGGGUCAGGCAGAACUUGACCGGGAGAAUGACUACUACACCCGACCUGCAUCACCUGUCUACAAGCCAGACGAGGUCAUCGACCAGUACCUUGACCCCUUCGAGAAGCAGGCCAUACGGCACUUUAGAGGAGGUCACUUUGAGAACUUUGAGGUUCGGUACCAUGUUGACCCCAGCUACAACAGUAUGAGGGGCCAUGAGAGGUCACGCAGGGAGAAGUAUGAACGGGAAGUGUCUGAGAGAGUUCAUCGCAGACCUAGAACAGCUUCAGGAGGUGAUGAAAGGUAUGUCCGAAGUCGAGUGUGGCAGGAUGAUCGCUACAUGGAGGUGAUGUCAUCAGGAGGGGGCACACGAGGAGAGGCUGAGGCUUGGGCCGACCCCUGGGCUAGGCGAAAGACUCCCCCUCGUUCCUCAAGAAAAAAGAAAACCUCACGUACCAGAAGCUAUUCAUCAGGCUCAUCUUCACAUUCCUCCUCAAGGAGUUCCCGGUCUUCAUCUUACAGUAGUCGCAGAAGCAGCAGAAGUGGAAGCAAAAGCAGUCGCACAAGUCUGCCCAGCAGGAGCAGCAGAUCACGUUCCUCUUCACACUCUCCAUCUCCAGGCCGGCGGAGGGGUAACCAUAGGCUGGCUCCAGGCUCCAGGGCUAGUGAUAAGUCUGGCAUGAGACAGCUCCCAGUGGGAGGAAGGGGAGGAGGGAGACCCCCCAUGGGCCCCACUGGACCCCACAACAGACCACCUUCUCCCCGAAGAGCAGAGCCCAGGGACCCCAGGCCACCCAUACCCAGGAGACCCAAAGAAAGACCUGACGUGGCAGACAGGGUGCUUGCACCGCGCAGACCUGAACCCAGACCUAACAAGACGGACCCCAAAGAGAGACCGCUGCCUCCACUACCACAGCGACAAGAACCUAAAUCUUCUGCGAUCGCUGCUAGGGAGAGACCUCAGCCUCCUCCUCCACUGCAGCGACAGGAGCCUAAGCCUUCAAAGAUGCCGCCCAGGGAGAG